UCUCGUCUGGAGUACAAGCUCUGUGUUGAAGGAACACAGACGCCAGAUAUUGUUGUGGUUCUCAUACGAAACAUAUCCGCUGGAGCCUCUCGAAACCUUUCAAGAACAACCAUCAUUGCCAUUAGGAUGGUUUAGUACGCAUAUCCUCCAUCAAGUCGGCCUGCAAGAUAGUUGAUCAUUCGCGUGAGUUUGGUGGCCGUGUGGUUUGUCAUUCCGAAAAAUGUCCGGGAUCAUUGGGAAUAUGCAAUCGGAGUGUGUAAGAUCGCGAUCUUACGAAUCCAUUAACACCAAGGCACGAAUGGAAACCACAUUUGGAACAUCUGCUUUUUCUCCUGUGACAACUAUAACAAGAGUUGAAAAUGAACAUGAUGGUAGCCUCAACAGGAAUUCUGCUAGUAUGACAUGUGUAGCCUCAAGUAACAGCACAAGUUUAGGACGAGAUGGAGACAUUAAUGGUGUGGUUGGCUCAGAUCAGGGAAGUUUUGAUGCCGUCUGCUUCAAACGCCAUCAUAGGACAUCUUCAACUAUAUCUGCUCGUUCCCAUCAUUCCAUUUCAAGUUGUACAGAAGAUGACGAAGAGGCAGUCGUUUUGUUUGUGGAGGAGCCAUCAUCAAAACUGUUCUGUAUCCUGUGCCAACGUGUGUUUAAAGAUCCUGUCAUUACAUCAUGUGGGCACACAUUUUGUCGAACUUGUGUUCUUUCACGAUCAUGUGAAAAAUGCCCUGUUGAUGACAACAAACUUUCAAUAGUAGUCGUCAACCUUGCAGUGUCAGAACAGAUUGGUGAACUAUACAUCCAUUGUAAAUAUGGCUGUAAACUAAGUUCCACAGGAUCCCUGACUGAUUAUGAAGUGAAUCCAAGUGGGUGCCCUGUGACUUUCAAGCUCUCUAAUAGGCAUGAGCAUGAGAGAAAUUGUCAGUAUGCUCCCACUCAGUGUCCAAACAGUUUGCAUUGUCCUACUCUACUAAAGAUGGAUCUUGAGGAUCAUUUACAAGUCUGUGAACACAUGAAAUGUCCACACCAAAAAUAUGGCUGCCACAUGGAAGGCAAUCACAAAGAAGUCAGACUUCAUCUUGAGACGUGCAAGUUUGAAGCUGUCAAGGAAUUCCUGCAACAUACUGACAAGAGAAUGGAAGAACUUAAAACAAUGUUGAAAGAUAAAGACCAGGAAAUUGUUUUUCUGAAGGCAAUGAUACUGAAGCUGACAGAGCGAGUUGACAGGAUGGAAAAAACUGUAGACAUCAGAAUAGAUCUUCUAGAUGAGAGCCAAACGAAGUUGUCGUCAGACCUACUGGAUUCAAGACAAAGUGUUUCCCAGAUACAGACUGAUUUGGCCAACGUAGAGGCAAGGCUCUGGGGUGUGGGAACAUUUGAUAUCCAACCAUUGUUUAAGUGUAAAGGAACUUUUGUUGGCCAUCAGGGUCCUGUUUGGACUUUAUGUACACAUGGUGAAUGGCUCUUUAGUGGGUCAUCUGACAAGACAAUUAAGGUGUGGGACACUUUAACUACAUACAAAUGUGUGAAGACCCUUGAAGGACACAGCGGCAUUGUCCUGGCCUUGUGUACUCACGAGAAGAAGUUGUACAGUGGGUCAGCCGACUGUACCAUUAAUGUUUGGUGCCUGGAGGAGCUUGAACUGCUUGAUUCAAUUCGUGGUCACGAAAAUCCGGUUUGUACUCUGGUGACAAAGAGGAAGAUGUUAUUCAGUGGAUCCCUCAAGAAAAUCAAGGUGUGGAACCUGCAGACCAUGGAACUCAUUCAAGAACUUACGGGUCUCAAUCACUGGGUGCGCGCGUUAGUAGCCUCAGAAAGGCACCUCUUCAGUGGCUCCUAUCAGACUAUCAAGUUGUGGGAUCUGGACUCGUUGGAAUGUGUGCGAGUCCUUCAGACUUCAGGAGGCAGUGUGUAUUCCCUAGCAGUCACUAAGGAGUACAUCGUAUGUGGAACAUAUGAGAACCAGAUACAGGUUUACGAUGUCAACACUCACAAACACUUGGAAACUUUGAACGGUCAUGUUGGCACAGUGUACGGCCUAGCCGUGUUGAGUGCUCCAGGCCAAACGCGUUUGUUCAGUGCUUCUUACGACAGAUCGCUUAGGGUCUGGAAUUUGGAGAGCUUUACUUGUGUCCAGACUCUUCUCCGCCACCAAGGAAGCGUGGCUGCUCUGGCUGUAACAAAAGGAAGAAUAUUUUCCGGCGCAGUAGACAGUACUGUAAAGGUAUGGCAGUGAGUAACAAGCCGUGGAAAAAAAUUGGGAUUUUUCUAUGGAUUUGGAGUUUUUUUGAACCAAAGUUCCACAGAAGACCUAAAUGUCUGCCGUGGACCUACACCACAGGAAUGAAUGAACAGUGGGGCCUCCUGAUGAACCACCACCUACAAUGGAUAAUGUGAAAGAGGAACUUCUUUUAACAAGGAUGGUGAUAGAGUUGUUUCGAAAUCGCCGUUUGGAUUGGCUGAUCAUUGCUAGUCUAAGGAUAUUGGAAUUUUGUGACAAGCUCUUUUAGAGUAACUUUCUAUCAAUUUACAAUUGAGAAAAACCGUUAAACCCUUGAAUAAUUUCUUUUUGGUGGACUGAAACUACAGUUUUUUACCAAGAUAAACUGGUAAAGUGAUAACAGGUCGUAAGAGAACGAACUCGCCGUCCAUUCCACAGACGAUAUUCGCGAGUGUUGAGAUUCUGAUCCAACAUUUUAUCAACCCACAUCAUGGAAAGCUAAUGUAAACGUUUGAACAGAAAUAACCACGUUUGGGUAGUGUGAAGUCGUUUUGCUUCUCGAUUAAAGAACAUUUCAGUGGCGUCGAAAGUAAUCCGAGAUAGCAUUGGUUUUUUUUCCUAUUUUCUUUGUGAUUGGGCCAGAAAAUUCGCGCGACUCUCUCAACCGAUUAGAUGCAAAACUAAAGCCAACGACGGCUUGAUCGCCCGCGUUUUCCCGCGCUUUAAGCAGUUUGGUUGUUUCUACUAUAAGUUCUCAUCGGCUCUUAAAGGAUUUCCUAUUCUUCUGAAUGGCCUUUCUUCUUACUUUGGUUUUGGUUACAUGACACUCGAUCGAAAAGCGGUCUAUGGAGGGUAAAGUGCUUCUAUUGUAGAUCCAAGCAGUAACGUUACGGUGCAAACUAGUUUACUUGGCACCUAAACACCUACAUCGGAAAAUUUAUCAGGUUUUAAUCGCAGUCCCAGGCUCUCUUAUAACGUUCAGUUCGAAGGCCCCCUUAAGUCUAUUGCUGGAAUAAAGGGGAGACACGUUAAAGAGUGAUCGUAUUAUCGAGUUAGGGGGUUGCUAUUGAUAUACAUUUUCCUCUACGAUUUGAAAGUAUUAUAAUCAGUAACAGUUUUCAAUAUGUUCCUUGGGAACCUUCUUUUUUCUUUUACAUUAGUCCUCUAAUCUAGUCUAGGCAUUUCCUUUGAUCAGCCGGGGUCAUUUAAUUCUAUUUUCAAGUUUCUAAAUUUUGUUAUAAAUUGAUGUUGUAAAUACUUGUAAAUAACAUCACUUUUCAAGUUUGAAAUAAACUUGAGUAUUGUG